CAGUUGUAUUAUGUUCUUCGUUUGAUGAAGGUAUCUCAUUAUUUACUAAAAAUAAUUACAUCAAAUUUACAAAUUAUUCACAUAUCUGGAUCUGGAAUUUUAUCAAAAUUCUUACCUGUGUUUAUAUUGUUGACGAGAAACAGAAAUGUCGGUGGUUGAAAAUAUACUUGUAACAGGAUUUGGACCAUUCGGAGAGCACAAGGAAAAUGCUAGCUGGGAGGCGGUAUCCUCCCUUCCAAAUGAAAUAAAAGGCUUCAAUGUAGUAAAAAAACAAAUUCCAGUUAUUUAUACGCAUGUUGAAGUAAAUAUCCCAAACUUAUGGCAAGAGUAUAAUCCAAAGCUUGUAGUUCAUGUUGGUGUGUCGUCGUAUACUAAUGCUAUUCAAAUUGAAACACGGGCUAAUAAAAAGGGUUACGAAAGAAAGGAUAUCUUAAACGUGUGCCCUACAAAUAGUCAAGCGAAUCCUUGCAACGAGGAAAGUAAUAACGAUUGCAUUGAAACCAGUUUGUGCGCAUCGACAAUAUGUAAUCAUUUAAAAGAAGCUUUAAAUAUUCAAACGGUUAUUUCUAGGGAUGCCGGAAGAUAUUUAUGUGAAUUUAUUUAUUACACGUCUUUAAAUAUAGACAAAAAAAGGACAUUGUUUAUCCAUGUGCCGCCAGUAGAUAAGCCUUAUACGAAAACGGAAUUAGCUCAUGCUCUUGAGGAAAUUAUAAAAUGUGGGUUGGAAUUAGUUUUCAAGAAUGAAGAAAAUAAUUAUUCUUCUACUGCUGCUACAAUUUACAAAAAUGGACGUGCAGCAGCUGUAUUUUGAAAUUUUACAUUUUGUAGAUUUAUUAGAGAUGUAUAUAAAUAAAAAGUAGAUUAAUAUAGUAAUA